CUUCAGAAGAUGCUGGAUUCAAAGCAGCCUUGCACGAAGCCAGGCAAGGCUGCAACGAGGGCGGAGUUCCAAUAGGCGCAGCCUUGGUCUCAGCCGACGGCAAGAUACUCGGUCAAGGCCACAACAUGCGCAUCCAGAAAGAAAGUGCAACGCUCCAUAGAUAUCCACACUCGAGAUUGCCGGACGUCUCCCCGCAUCCGCGUAUCGUGGUGCUACCAUGUACACCACUUUGAGUCCAUGCGACAUGUGUACUGGUGCCUGUGUCAUGUACAAGGUUAAAAGAGUCGUCAUAGGCGAAAACAAGACCUUCGUGGGAGGCGAAAAGUACCUGCAAGAGAGAGGAAUAGAAGUGGUCGUUUUGGAUAACAAGGAUUGUCACGACUUGAUGCAAAAGUUCAUCAGGGAGAAGCCGGACGAUUGGUACGAAGAUAUUGGCGAGGAAGACAAGUAAUUUAUUGGAUAUCAUAGACUUCCUAAGAUUUGGUGAGCCUGUGGAUCUCCUCGAAGUAGAACUUGAGGUCAUCUGGCUUCACGAAUGGAGUUAUGCCUAGAA